AUGGAACCCACCACGCCUUUAAUGAACGAUGAAACUGAGACGCUCUCCCGCAUAACGCCUGUAGAAGCUUUCCUAGCAACACCUGCCUCCAGCGUGCAAUCAGAAACACCUCAAGAUCCAGAACAUCAAUACCUCUGGCGGUGUUUCCCCGACCAUAUAUGGUCACAACGUGUUCGCGAUACAUCAUCCUGGGCUCCUGCUAAAGCGACGACAUCAGCAGCUCAAAGGAAAGCAGAGAAGAUGAAGACGAAAGAUCAGAGGUCAAUCGCUGAUGUGAUGAAGCUCGAUACUAGGCUCCCACGCAAACAAGAGAUUGCGAAUAGUCUUGUUAAGAGCUUCGACCGGAAGCACUUCCAGCGUCUUCUACUGGAAUUGAUCAUUAAGGAGAAAUACUUAUUCAGCAUCUGUAAACAAGGAAGACUGCGCCAGAUAUUCAAAUACCUUAACCCACUUAUCAAGAUCACUGGUGCCAGUAUUACCAGGAAGACUAUCCGCCAUAGAAUUCUAUUAGCCUACGAAUUACACAAGGGUAAGGAUAGAAUUGGGUAUUUCACACUGGGCAACGCAGAAAGCAACAAUAAGGCCAUAGAGGUAAUUGGUGGCAACCUUGGGUUUGUCGGAUCGACGAAGCGUGGAUGCUGCUUCGGCCAUACUCUAAAUCUCUUGGCCAAAGCGCUGCUGUUUGGUCACAAUGUUAAGACUUUUGAGGAGCAGUUAUCAGGCGCAGCGGCACUGUCUAAGGCAGAGCACGCACUUUGGCGGCGCAAAGGACCUGUCGGAAAGCUUCACAACCUCAUGGUCGAAGUCAGAAGGUCGGACCAGCUUACUUAUCUUCUGCGGAGCAUACAACGUUCUGAAUUCGAAAUGUCUUCGGAUCCCAGGAUCAAAGCAAGGAAACCACUCGAUUUAAUCAUUGACAAUAAUACCCGGUGGCUUCCUCAACUGUAUAUGAUCAGGCGCGCCCUCACUCUUCGGCCAUUCGUCGAGAAGCUCGUCUUGAAGCAUCGUCAACAAUGGGAGCAGGAUAAUCGGUCGAGGAGGACAGGCAACCUCAGGAAGUCAGCCAAGGAGCCCCGGAUUUGCUUGGAGGAAAACCAGCUUACGAUGAAUGAUUGGGACGUGCUCGACCACCUGGCCAGGCUUCUUGGGUUCUACGAUGAUGCUGUCAAGACUCUAGAAGGGGACGGUCAGCAGCGCAGGCGGAAACGAGGGUAG